AUGAUAGUAUACUGUGAAGCAUAUCGUGCACGACGUUUUGCUGGAUUAAAUGUUGCAACAAUUGGUGGAAGUUCUGGCUGUGUUGUCACCGCAAAUAAACUGUAUGUGAAUGGAAUCUAUGCGCGCGAUUUAACUGCAGGUGAACAAGCCGAAUUGACCAAAUAUGCUGAAGAAGUGAAGAAAUAUAAAUCGCUGAAAGUGGUUGCUCAACGGCGUGGUGAUGCACUUAGUCAAACCAGUGCCAUUCAUAUGUUCCGGGAUAGUUCCAGAAUCAAGCUGCCGGAUCCACCAAAAAAACCAUCAUUCUGUGCAGCGGUAGAUACCACUCAGUACUACUUUGAUGGCUGUAUGGUUCAGAACAAUAAAGUGUUUGUUGGCCGAGAAUAUGCAAGAGACUUGACCGAUGAUGAGAUUAAACAACUCAAGGAAUUUGAUGCCAAAAUGAAGGUCUAUCAACAAUAUCUUUCUGAUCAACGCAUAAAGAAUGUUGGUUGGUUACAAGGCGACAGUCUUGUCAAACUACUUCUGGGCCAAGAUGUUUCCGGUGCCAAAGAUCAAGUGGCGACAACUGAAGUACCAACAACUCGAAGUUCUGGAGCAACUGAACCACCUGAAGUGCCUGAAACACCAAACUUUUGUACAGCAAUUCUUUAA